GGCGAGCUCAACAUCGUCUUCGGAGACAGAAACUACCGAGAGUGACACUUCUACCUCUGAGUCUGAGGCUCAAGAAGACUCGGAGGAUUCGGGAAUUAAACACCCCGUCAAAAAGGGGAAAAAAAUGGACUCAAGAAAAAGAAAGCAGAGGGAAGAGGAGUCAGAUUCUGAUUCAGAAUCUGAAUCUGAAGCAAGUGAUGACAGCGAAGAAUCAUCGCCUGUGGAGAAGGAGAAGAAAAAAAAAGAAACAAAAACAACACCAAAAGAAACACCACAAAAAAAGAAAAAAGUAGUUGUGGAGGAUUCACCUCCUGAAGAAUAUCAAUACUUUGACGGGUACAGUACCUCGUAAGCUAUACUACGGUCUAUCAUCGUAAUUAUUUUUGUUAACG